AGCUGAAGAGGAGUCAGGUCCGUCCCACUGAUCAGCUGCUUCCAUCUACUGGGGAGCUCGCAAUGGAUCAGAAGCAAAUACAGCUGCCAUUUCCUGCUGAACAUCCCUUCUAUUCCCACGUUUCGAAGUUUGCAGUAUUCCCAAACUUCAUCUCACCAGAUGACCCGUACACUGGUGUACGAGCUGGACGUCUGCUCCCCAUUAAUCCAGAUAUGCCUGCGAAAAGUUAUAAUGUGAUUGUGACUCAGAAAACUAAAGAAAGAACAAUCUCAUCCAACCUUGAUGCCGAAUCCACCCUUGCGUCCCUUGAAGAUAAACGAGGGUAAUAAUGAAGGUUCUGCAGAGGAUGACUUUGACCAUCGGUGUGUUGAUAUCUCUCCCACUCUAGCGAGUAUGCCAGCAUGUGAAGCAGUUGAUGUGAAAUCACAGCCACUGAAGUGUGAAACUGACUCAGCACUACCAAAUGUUGAGACGAGUACAAACG